AUGAGCAACGAGAAUGCAUCACAAGUGUCUAACAAGCGUGCUCCCCGCUUAAAUGAAAGAAUUCUAUCAUCUAUGUCAAGGAGAUCAGUUGCUGCUCAUCCUUGGCAUGAUCUUGAGAUUGGACCCGGAGCACCGCAAAUUAUUAAUGUUGUAAUUGAGAUACCCAAAGGAAGUAAAGUGAAAUAUGAGCUUGACAAGAAAACCGGUCUCAUCAAGGUUGAUCGUGUCUUGUACUCGUCUAUGGUUUAUCCUCACAAUUACGGGUUUAUCCCUCGAACACUAUGUGAAGACAAUGACCCAAUGGAUGUUCUAGUCAUUAUGCAGGAACCUGUUGUCCCUGGUUGUUUUCUUCGAGCCAGGGCUAUAGGUUUGAUGCCUAUGAUUGAUCAGGGAGAGAAAGAUGACAAGAUCAUUGCCGUGUGUGCUGAUGAUCCAGAGUACCGCCACUUAACUGAUAUCAGUCAAUUGCCACCUCAUCGUCUAACCGAAAUCAAAAGAUUCUUUGAAGAUUACAAGAAAAACGAAAACAAAGAGGUAGCAGUGGAUGAGUUUUUGCCUUCAGAUACUGCUAUUGACGCCAUCCAAUAUUCCAUGGACCUUUAUGCCGAGUACACUUUGUACAGCUUAAGGCAGUAA